AGCUAGAGGACCAUCUUGAGACAGCAGUGAGGACUUACUGCCCCCGCUUUACAGGUCUGGAGAAUACUGACGAGGACAUGGAUCCACACGGGGCCCUGUUCUACCUGUGCCUUCUGGCUGCUCAAGUUGUCCUAGUAGAAACCCUGUCAGACCUACUUGUCUUGAUGAAACGCCUUGAGCAACCCUUUGGCCGGGGCUUGUCUUCCAGAUCGAGCCUGGAGCAGAAGCUGCUCAAUGCCAGCUUCGGCGGGCACAACUUGACCUUGCAGACAAACUCCAUCCAGUCUCUGGUCUUCAAGCUGAGCUGCGACUUUCCUGGUCUCUCCCUGUCCAGCGCCACACUGACAAAUGUCUCCCAGGUCAGAGGCAGCCAGGGAAGUCCUGCAGGUCCCUGUCCCUGCUCUGCCCCUGUCAGCUGGGAGUGACCUCAUCCGCUUUCCUGUGGGAAGAUCAGAAAGAGGAAGUGCUCUGUGACCUCUCCCGGUGCGGGCCCCACAUGCCAUGCAGUUCCCUGCUGAGCUGACCAAGGGUACCUGUGUGACCUCCCGGCCUGCUGAGCUUCGACUCAUCUGCAUCUAUUUCUUCACUGCACACCUCUUUCAGGAUGACCAGAACUCAUUACUGCUCAAUAACUAUGUCCUGGGGGCCCAGCUGGACCACAGGCCUGUGAACAACCUUCAGAAGCCAGUCAACAUCAGCUUCUGGCAUAAUCAGAGUCUGGAAGGGUAUACAGUAUCCUGUGUCUUCUGGAAGGAGGGAGCCAACACGAGCAGCUGGGGGGCCUGGAGCCCCGAGGGCUGUUAUACAGAGCAGCCCUCAGCCACUCAGGUUCUCUGCCAUUGCAACCACCUCACCUACUUCGCUGUGCUUAUGCAGCUCUCUGGAGACCCGGUGCCCGCUGAGCUGCAGGUGCCUCUUGAGUACAUCUCCCUUGUGGGUUGCAGCAUCUCCAUCGUGGCCUCGCUGCUCACCAUGCUGCUGUACGCUCAGUCCAGGAAGCAAAGUGACUCCACCACACGUAUCCACAUGAACCUGAAUGGCUCUGUUCUGCUCCUGAACGUCACCUUCCUUCUGAGCUCCCAGAUGAUCCUGCCCACGGUGCCCAGGCCAAUGUGCACAGUGCUGGCUGCCGUCCUACACUACGCACUGCUCAGCAGCCUUACCUGGAUGGCCAUCGAAGGCUUCAACCUCUACCUUCUCCUGGGGCAUGUCUACAAUGCCUACAUCCAUCGAUACUUGCUCAAGCUCUGCAUGCUGGGCUGGGGGUUUCCAGCCCUCUUGGUCCUGCUGCUUCUGAUGGUGAGGAGCUCAGUGUACGGACCCUGUGUGAUCUCAUUCUCCAAAAGCCAGGAAAAUGGUACAGGCUUCCAGAAUGUGUCCAUGUGCUGGGUCCAAAGUCCCAUGGUCCACAGUGUCCUGGUCAUGGGCUAUAGUGGCCUCACAUCUCUGUUCAACCUGGUGGUGCUGGCCUGGGCUCUGUGGAUCUUGUGCAGGCUUCGGGCACGGGAGAAGGCGCUGAGUCCCUGGGCCUACCGGGACACUGCCAUGGUGUUGGGUCUCACCGUGCUGCUGGGCACCACCUGGACCCUGGCCUUCUUCUCCUUCGGUGUGUUCCUGCUGCCUCAGCUCUUCCUCUUCACCGUCUUCAACUCGCUCUAUGGUUUCUUCCUCUUCCUGUGGUUCUGCUCACAGAAGCGUUACUCAGAUGCCGAAGCCAAGGCGGGGAUGGAGGCAGUCAGCUCCUCCCAGAUGACGCAUUGACCCAGUUCCCGCCCUGCAGCCUCUGCCCUCACUACUCCCAGCAGCCCAUGGUCUUGGCUCAUCCAGGGAAGGUGGUAGGCUGGCGGCGGGACAACAGAGUCUACUGUACCCUUCAGGGAUCCUUUCCAACUCUCAAAAUUACCUGGGACGGAAGGCAGCAUGUGACUCUUCAUCCUGGUCCUUCGUGUCUGGAUGCAGCUCCAUUGACCAGGCUAUGGACAGAGCAUAGCUUAGAAGUCAGGAAGCUAGACUAGACUGAACCACACCUUGUAUCCUGCUCAGCACUUACACAUACUUACAGGAUCAUGGCCUAUGCUUGGGGCCACUCUUUCUUUUACUAGUCCCAGGUGCUGAUGACUUCGACCUUCUAUUUUUCCAAUGGUCAGGAAAUUCAGUCCUUCUUCUAACCCCCACAGAUGGUAGAGACCAGCAGCCAAGGCCAGGCCUCUGUCUCUUUCUCUGAAGCUGAGACAGCUGGGAUUGAGGGGUCUAGAUACUAGACUCUUGCGUAGAUGUGGGGUGGUGUGUUCAACAUUUACAAACUCUCUGCCCACAGCGGGAGAAUAUCACGCUGCCUGUCAAACCAGGUGGGAAUAAGACCAAGUGAUUAAGUCAGUGCUAUACCCAGGAUGGACAGCAGGGGGCGCUGUUGGCCCAAACGCCAAGGCAUUGGUGCCAAAACUGCCCCUGGAAAUGCAGAUGUUACCUAAGGACGACCCUUUGACCAGUAGGCAAGUGGGGACCUCCAGCACACAACCAUUGUCUCUUUCCCUGUGCAGCUGACCAAGGUCGCUUUUGGGGCUUUGUGCCCAGGCAUUCCUGGUGCCAGGGUAGCUGGUUGGGUAGAUUCUCAGGUCCCGUGCCAGCCGUUAGACACAUGUACUUGAACAGUAAGGGGAUCAGAGCUGGAUGCCAUCCUCAGCAGAGGGUUCUCUUCCUUUCUGGGUGUCUCUGGGUAAUUAUGUUCUUAGCUCUUCACUGGCUGGAGAGUGGGACAGGCUCCGAGCCAGGUUGCCCGAGCUCAGAUUCCAGCUCCGUGACUGUGGACAAGCCGUUCAGUCUCUUUGUGCCUUUAGUUUCCCUAUCUACAGUGGGGACAACAGAAGUAACUCUUUGGAAGAUUCAGUAAAAGAAAGAAUCCACCC